AUGGCGCACGCGUUGAGUACCAAUCACACCGCAGCAGCUCUCACGUCGCAAGCCGUCGGAAAUUCCCCGCACCGCCGAACACCAUCGAUCACCACCCCCCCUCUCUCCUCCUCCUUCCUUCCCGCGUUCAGCUCCAAAGCUUUAGCCCCUGCCACCUUCCAACGGUCACAACAACACCCCUCUCCAGCCAUCCGCUCGUCUCUCACCAAUGGCGCCGCUCGCCGUGCGGGGUCCAUGGACGAGUCCAGCCCGUUCGCGCCCUUCUUCCAGCACGUUUUCCAGUCGGACGUCUCCACCCGUCCGAUGAUGGUCCCGGAUGCGUUCGAAACCGUUCCGAACGUCCAGGACGAGCUUUGGUACACGAUCCGCGAAGAGGCUCGGCAGGAUUCCGAGGCUGAGCCUGCGCUGGCGUCGUACCUCUACUCCACGGUGCUAGCGCACCGCUCUCUGGAGCGGUCCCUGGCGUUUCACCUGGCAAACAAGCUCCAAUCGCCGACUCUGCUAAGCACGCAGCUCUGCUCGCUCUUCACCGACGUGAUGCUUCGAUCGCCGGAAGUUCAGGAGGCGCUGCGCGCCGAUCUGCGAGCCAUCUACACCCGCGAUCCCGCGUGCAGGAGUUAUUCCCACGCGAUGCUGAAUUUCAAGGGUUACCAGGCGCUGCAGGCGCAUCGGAUCGCGCAUCGGCUGUGGCUGGAGGGCCGUCAGGGUUUGGCCAUGGCGCUCCAAAGCCGCGUGUCGGAGGUUUUCCACGUGGAUAUUCAUCCGGCUGCGAGGAUUGGGAAUGGGGUGUUGUUUGAUCACGCGACGGGGCUGGUGGUUGGCGAAACGGCAACGAUUGGUAACAACGUUUCGAUUCUGCAUCAUGUGACGCUGGGAGGGACGGGGAAGAGCACGGGCGACAGGCAUCCCAAGGUCGGCGACGGCGUUUUGAUUGGCGCUGGCGCGACGCUGCUUGGACCAAUCAGGAUUGGGGAGGGAGCGAAAGUAGGAGCAGGGUCGGUGGUUCUGCUGGAUGUGCCGCCGCGUGCGACGGUUGUGGGGAUUCCAGGGAGGCUGGUUGGCGGGAAAGAGAAGCCUGCUAUGUCAACGGUCAACCCGAGUGAGACUAUGGACCACACUUCGUUCAUUCUGGACUAUACCAUCUGA